UUUUUUUUUUUAAGUUGAUAGGCAAUUUCUAAGUCAAAACUAAAAGUGAAAUUUGUAGCAAACAUGAGAGCAAAUGAUGAAUUAAAUCUCAGCAUAGCAUAAAUUAUUUAUUUUUGCACGUAACGUGGAGUGGCAAUUGCGAGAAGAGGCGGCCAAAGUGAAUAAUGGACUUGGAAACGGUGAAGAAAUACUUGGAGAAAGGAGGUGGCGAUGAAGACGGCAACGCCCUAACCACCCAGGGCAUGCCUUCCAGAUUCUUCCAAAACUUCAUCAUGCACGGUCUCCGCGUUGACCUCAUCGAGCAGGGACGGAUCCUCUGCUCCAUGAAAGUCCCUCCUCGUUUGCUGAACGCUGGUAAUUUCUUGCAUGGUGGAGCCACAGCAUCAUUGGUGGACUUGGUUGGCUCAGCAGUUAUAUACACUUAUGGAGUUAGUUCCAGUGGAGUUUCUGUGGAAAUUAAUGUCUCUUACUUGGAUGCUGCCUAUGUUGAUGAGGAAAUUGAGAUAGAGGCUAGGGCACUGCGUGUUGGGAAGACUGUUGCUGUUGUCAGUGUUGAAUUUCGGAAGAAAAACACUGGGAAAAUUGUUGCAGAGGGGCGUCAUACUAAGUAUCUUCCUGUCCAAAGUAAAAUGUAAAUAACAUUUAUAGCUGAACGGUCAUCCUUUAUUACAACUGAGUAAUAUGUUUUCCACAAAUAUUUAAUAGACUAAACACAUGCUCUUAAUAAGAGACCUUUAGUUGAAUUUCA